AUGGACGACGAUGACGAUUUCGAUGUUUUUGCAAAAAUCGAUAGCAUCGUCGAGCAGUACAACCAGACAAAGGUGAAUAACAGGCAGAAUGGCAGCCCACAAAAUACAAAUGCCGGGCAGCGUCAUACAGGUAGCGCGGCGCCCAACCCAGAUUGGCAGCAGCCUAGCCACGGAUCACAACCACCUCUCGGCCUUGUCGAUGCUGCCCCUCCCCCGAGCUUUGGACAGCAGCAGGGCCAGCCCUGGCAGCAGCCACCGCGUCCAAAUUACCCUGCCAGGCCUGAGCCAACGAAGCAGGGAGUGAGGCAGCAGGAUGGCUACUCCAGCGCUCCAAAGAAUGUGUUUGGCGAAUCCAUGCCUGCAUCAGGUGCUCCAGCACAGGUGCCCCCACAUGCCAGGCAGCCUCACGCACACUGGCAGCCACGGCCUUCAGGACAAGCAGCUCCCUUGCCUAUCAGCGCAGCUGCCGCCCAGCCAGCACGAAACCAGUACACAGGCCCUGCUGUCAGGCCGCCAUAUGCAGCAGGCGCAGGAGCACCCAGGCCGGGCAUGGGCUUGUUGCCUGCCGCCAGACCAGGUAGCGCUGUGGGGGGCGCCACCCCCGCUUCCAGGGGGGCAGGCGGCAUCGCCCCGGGGCAGCAGGGUGCCAACUCAGCCCGCAUGCAGCCUCCAGCUGGCGCCAGCGCAGCAACUGCACCAGCUGCAGGUGGAGGCCAGCGCAUGCAUGCAGCAGGGAAUGCCAUGACAGCUGCGCAGCCGCGACCGCUGAACAUGCACUCUCCCGUUCGCGGCGGAGGCGCACCUGCACCGUCUCCAACGCCGCCGACAAACUCACUCCUUGCAGCUCAGCUGGCUGGACCCGAGGCACUGCCGGAGCUGAACACUGGGGCCACUUUGGAGCGCCUGCAGCGGGAGAAGGACGAGCUGCAGAGAAGGCUGAACGACAACGAGGGUCAGAAUGCGCUGCUGCGCGCGCGGGUUGAGCGGGCCGAGAGGGAACGGCGGGAGAUGCAGACGCGUGCCGCGCACAGCAGCCAGGCUGGCCUGGCGGCGGCCACGUCAGCGGACCUGCAGCGCCAGCUGGACAUCGCGCGUCAGCAGCUGGCCUUCAAGGAGCAAGAGGCGGCGGAGAUUCUGCGGCGGAACCAGGACCGGGACGAGCGGCUGAAGGCGGCUGACGCGCAGGCGGCCGCACUGGCCGCAGAGGCCAAACGCCUGGAGCAGCAGCACGCCCAGCUGGAGGCCGAGCUGGCAGAAGCGCACAGGGAUAGGCGGGAGCGGGCGGGCGACGUGAGCACAUCAGGCAAUGACGCGCUGCAUUCUCCGGCAGCCGCGCGUCGCAGCCUCAGCCCGCGCAACUGGCAGCAGCAGCAGCCGUCGGCCUCCGGCAGAAAAUCCGCGGCAGCCACUGCGGCCGGGUCGGCCGCCGGCGCGCCGCGGUCCUCCGUGGCGGCCGGCCAAAAACGGCGGCUCAGCGGCGCGGCCGCUGCGGCCGCCGAUCCCAGGAGCCAGAUUGGAGAGCGCUCAGGCAUCGCCCGGUCCAGUCAGCCCACAUCGGGCAGGGCGGCAGAGAACGCCCCAGCAGAACCGCUCCAUGAGCGCGCCAGGUGGCAGUCUGCUGCGCCGCCACCUGGCGACGCCAGCUUGUGGCAGCGUCUUAGCGCGGCAUGUGGCACCAGCCUGGCCACAUUACUGGAGGAGAGAGGAAAGCAGGAGAAAGCAGGUGGAGUCAGCUCGAGUGCAGAGCCAUGUGGGCAGGCUGCUGACGUGGCGAAGCAGGCGAGGCUGCUGGCGUGGGGCGUUGACUCCGCCGGGCCGGCGCUGCUUUGCGCGCUUUGCUCCUCACUCGCGGCCGCCGCUCACAAGGGAUCUGCUCAGGCGAGUGACUCUGAUGUGAGGUGGCACUGUGCCAUGCUGGACGUCCAGGCAGCGCUGAUGCGCCUGUGCGGCAGCUGCCAGGCAGCUGCGGUCGCCAGCCUGGCACCAGCUGGGCAGGCCUCUGCUGCCCAACCUGCCCAAGCCUCCGGGGUUGGGGCAAGGGUGCAGCUACAUGGCCCGGGCAGGCCAUCAGGAGCGGCUGAGCUGGCGACCGCAUCGCACAUCUCCCCUGAAGUCCUGAGGCUGGGGUCUAUGAGGUUGAUGGACGCCGCACCCGCUUCUGAAAGCCUUGCCUCUCACCUGAGCCAUCUCAGGAAUUUGAGACAGGGCGAGCCUGAGAGGCUGGGCAGGGGAGUGCUGAACCUACUCCUAUCCCUUCUUCUGGGCUCGAAGGAAUCCAGCGCGGUGUUCAAAUGUGCGAUGAAAUCUUUGGCCGCACUCGUGGCAGCGGCGCCGCCGGCUGACAGGGACGCCAUGUCACCUGUGCUGACAUCAGGCGUGCUGGAGCGGUUGGCCUGUCAUCAGGCGGCGUUCCUGCAGCUCCUGCACCUGCUGCUUGAAUGCCCUGCCAUAUGUGACAUGCUGGAAGCCAGACUGGCCGCACAGGCUGCCUCUGGGGAGGGAGACGGUGAAGCGCAAGGACCGAUGGGUGGCGCAACUGUUGCCCCUGCAGCAGACGGCGGCGAUGUUCAGGCGCCGGCUGCGCAUGGGAAAGCAGGGGAGGCCAGCUGGUCUGGCUGCUGGAAUAUCUUCAGGGCGCUCAAUGGCUGCCUGACUGCACCACCGGCUGCUGCUGCAAGCACACCAGAGCCACCCUUGACAUCAUCUCACCGCUGCCCCUUUGAGGUGGCGCGGAGGGCGUUGCAGGUGGUAGCGCUGUGCAUGGAGGCUGACCGGACUGGGCUGCUGCUGGCGUUACUAAGCGAGGACGCAGGCAGCCCCAGCCUGGUGCUGCGAUUAGUCAUGCUGGUCGACGCCGCCACGCUCAACGUAGAAGGCGGCCCGCUGCGUGCGCUGGCCGCGCCAGCUCAGCCGGCGAACGCCAGCGAGGCGCUGAGGUGGCGACAGGCGCUGCGGCUGACUCAGGAGGCGCUGACGCUGCUCCGAGGCCUCUCUGUGCAGGAGCACCUGCGCGAGCUUGUCAUAGAGGAGCAUCUGGCAUCCUCUGCCUCAACGCGGCUCUGCCACACAGUCGUGGGCCGCAUUGUGCAGCUGCCGCCGCUGCCGGGCCGGCUGGCACGCUCGGCUGCGCCUCUGCUGCUGGCUCCGUGGGCGCACGCCGUCGGCGCGAGCUCCGUCACGCGCAGCGUCUGUGUCAGCGGCGACUCAGCAGGGUGCCUGCCUGUGGCCACAGUGGAGGAUGUGAUGCAUCUGGCCAAGGGGCUCCUUCGGCGGGUGCAGGAAAGGCUGCCAGUGCUUAUGCAGCCCUGA